AUGAGCUCCCCAAGCGCGCAGCAGUCCUAUGCGGACUUCUUUCAGUACACGAGCGGUCGCUGGCUUUGGGAUGAAGAACAGCAACUUCGCGACCGAUUCUCUCCUUUUAACGUGCCCGAACUCCAGAAAGUGGCUGCGAGCAGCGUUGGUGCAAGCAAAUGCGUUGAAAUCACGAAACUGGCAGAAGGCUCGUUCAACAAGACCUUCAAACUUAAGAUGGAUAACGGGAUGUAUGCCAUCGCCAGGAUUCCUCAUCCCAUUGCAGGGCCCCGGUACUUCAUGACAGCUUCUGAAGUCGCAACGAUGGAAUUCGCACGCAGCGUUCUAAAAAUCCCGGUCCCCCGGGUGUUUUCUUGGAGUGCUGAUGCGAAUAACCCUGUUCAGUCCGAGUAUAUAAUAAUGGAGGAGGCGCCUGGAGAAAAAUUGGAUGAUGUUUGGGAGGAUUUUUCUCUGGAACAGAAGAUAGCGGUUAUGAAGGAACUUAUUUCCUUGGAGAAAAAAAUGGCUUCCGUAGCUUUCAACAGUUACGGCAACCUGUACUAUGCUAGUGAUAGUAUUCCAGGUGCUUUAGCAGCUGAAGUUGUUGGUGAUUUGCCAGCGGAUGUUAAAAACACAGUUAUGCAUCGGUUUGCCAUCGGCCCGGUUGCGGAGAGGGCAUAUUGGAACAGACAACGCGCAGUAAUGGAUAUAGACCGCGGCCCAUCUCUCAAAGGGAAACAUCCGCAAGAAUUCCCCAUCUCUCUAGCCCAGCGAGAGCUGGAAUGGAUCUCACAGUAUGCGAUACCUAAGUCGCAAGAUGAUCCCUUAGUAACCUCUGCGACACAAAAUUCUCCCAACAGCCAUAUUUCCUUGCUUCGUCGGUACCUGAAAGUUGCACCAUACCUUCUUCCGAGUGAUCCCACUGUCAUCGCGCCUCAAAUAUGGCAUACAGACCUUCAUUCAGCCAAUAUCUUUGUUCAAGAUGGUCGUAUCUCUAGUGUUAUCGACUGGCAAGGAACCUGGGCCGCGCCUUUAAUGCUCCAGGCUCGUCAUCCUCGGUUGGUUGAAUAUAAUGGGGAUAUUAUAUUAAAGGCUCCCGCAAAUUUCAAAGACCUUGAACCUGAAGAUAAAAGAAAAGUAAGGGAACAGAUGAGCAAGUCAAUUAUUCUUUACCUCUACGAAAAGCAGAUUGCCAAAGAGAUACCCCUUUUGGACAAAGUCAUACGUUUUAAUAAUGGUCGAACAAGAUGCGAACCCAUCCACUUUGUUGGCGAUACUUGGGACGAUGAUAUUUUGCCCUUGAGGGAAUCCUUGAUCCGAAUAGAGAAAUAUUGGAAUGAACUGGGUUUUGGCUUUCCCUGUCCUAUUCAUUUUACGGAGGACGAACUUCGUGUCCAUGCAGAGGAAAGUGAGGGGUGGAAUGAUGUCCAAGAUUUUUGGAAUUCUGUUUCAUUUAUUAUUUCUCGGGAUGGAUGGACCCCUAAACAUCUUUAUAACGACGCUGUCGCGCUUUUCUCAGAGUUGCGAGAAGUUGGCCUCAAAUCUAUGGCAGGCAAGGAGAGAGAGGAUUUCAAAAGGCAGACGCAAUGGGUUGAAAGGCAGAGUUUAAACAAUACCCAGCAGAGCUACCCCUAA